AUUUUGUCCAUCUUUUUAAAGGCUUCUUCCGGGGGUCUUCACCAUCACUGCUAAGCUAGCAAGCUAAGUUUGAAGUCUUUUUCGGACAAUCAACAUUCAGCAUCAUCAGGCUAAAGAAGCCUUCACCAGGGUGUUUCUUUGUUUGGUUCUCAGGGUGUGAUUUUCAACUUGUUUCCUUUUUAACCAUUUUUUUGUGUUACCAAUCCCCCUUUGAAAAGAAACGUAAUAGUUGAAAAACAUGUUUUUUUUUUAUAGGCUUCUGAUUUCAAAACUGGCUAUUCAUCAAUGCGUUGCGUAUACUGUCUGUAAUUACAGUAUAUGAGAUAGUCUUUCCUUUAUAUGGGUUCACGUAUAACUAGGAUGUGGCCCGUGACAAAAAUGAGUUUGACACCCCUGUUCUCCAGGAACCAACUUUUGAAUUUGAAGCACUUUACUUUGAUGACCUGCGUUGUAAUGAUUGGGUUGUUAUCUUGUAAUGGGCUAUGCUUCCACACAAAGGUUACUUCGUUAAUCCCUCAUUCCCAUGCUUGAAAAGUCUUUUGUUGUGUCUGCGUGGAUUUGUUGACGUUUUGUGUCAUUCACGCGCACAUGUAACACUUCCCGUUGUGACAAAAGGGCAACAAUGGCUCUUUUCGGUGAGGCUAUCGAAGACGAGCGCCAAUGUCAAGCUCGUUUUAGCAACACACGAUAGACCAAAACACGUGAAACGGAGCCUUCGAAGUAAAGGUUUCGGGAGGGGUACUUUCCCGGCUGUAUCUUAUUUAAAUUUGUGUAAAGUCAUUUCCGCUCUUUAUGUAAUCUUUUAUGUUGGAUUUAUGUAUGUUUUAAAGUUACUAAAUCGCGAUUGUGUUUCCUUCAGCGACGACAGUUUUAUUUUGAAAUAAUGAAUCGUUUGCGCUCGGUGGCACUUGACUUUUUAAUACCAAAGAAUUGCAGCUGAUCCAAGGCCGCCUUGCGGGGACACCACAUCCGCCCAUUCAGCUCCAAAAAGAAAAGAAAAACUUCCAUUGAGCGCGAUGACGACACCGGCGAAAAUGUUCCGUGUAGAGAACCGGAUCAGCAGCGUCCCCCCACCCCGCGGCGUCCGGACCGUGGUAGCCCGGCGUUGCUAGCUCCGACCUCAGCCCCGAGAAUCUCUUGCGUUUCCCGGUCCGACUUUCCGAGGAGCACCCGGGAGGGGGAGCCGACCGCCUCCUCGCGUCCGGGAUGCGAACGCCGUGACCGGGGUUGGGAAUCGAGGCCAGUCGGUAGCGGACAUUCCCUCCGGGGCUGCAUGGACGCGCGCCGGCCGCCGGCAGCAUCCGUGGCCGUGGCGCGGCCGCCUCCCCGGUCGGGAUGCUAGCGGCGAGGGAGUGUCUCUGACAUGAAGACCAGGCGAGUUGCGGGCUUGUGUCCUUCGGGUGCGACGCUGACAUUGUCCCCAUGAGCCACCCGCGCGGACCUCGUCACGUACGCGGCCGGCCGUGCGGCGCCCCAGCCCGGCGGAUGACACUCAGCCAGGUACCGGCGGGCCCGGCGCUGGGCCGCCUUCCCCGGGCACGGCAGUAGGAAGCCAGCCAGAAGCCAGCGAGCGCAAUCGGAAAUGGUGUCCCACAAGGUUCUCGUGGCCGUCCUCUUGCUCAACGUGUACAUCGGCGUGCAGUCCGUCUUGUGCUUGUUCGGCGGCGUGCUGCUGUCGGCGGUGUUCGCCUUGGCCUUCCUGAGCGGACCGCGGCUGCUGGACUGGGCCAGCUCGCCCCCGCACCUGCAGUUCAACAAGUACGUUCUGACCGGCUAUCGGCCCGUCUCCUCGGUGCAGGACUGCAUCCGGAGCCUCUUCUACCUGCACAACGAGCUGGGAAACAUCUACACUCACGGCAUCCCUCUGCUGUGCUUCCUGGUGCUGCUGCCGCUCAACAUCCCCUGGUCCCAGAUCAGCGUGACAUGGCUGGCCGUGGUGCACUUCCUGGCUUGCCUGUCGCCGCAGCUGGGCUCGGUGCUCUACCACCUCUUCAUGAACCACGAGGGCGGCGAGCCCGUCUACCACACCCUCCUCAAGCUGGACGUGUGCGGCAUUUGCAUGAUCAACACACUGGGAGCGCUGCCAAUCCUGUACAGCACUUUGCUGUGUUACCCGCUGAUCCGCACGGUGGCGCUGUCCGUCUACAUUCUGUUGUCCAGCUACGGCAUCUACUGCGCGGUGACGGCGCGCAGUAGCGUGCGGCGCCUGCGCUCCUUCGCCUGGCAGGCUCUUUUCCGCUUCUCCUUCUUCGUGCUGCGCUGGGCCGGAGUGGGCGGCGGCAGCCCCACCUCGCUGCGCCACUUCCUCACCAUGGACGCGCUGGCCGUGCUGGGCGGCGUCAUCAACAUCGCCCGCAUCCCCGAGCGCUUCCGCCCGGGCCUCUUUGACUACUGGUGCAACAGCCACCAGAUCAUGCACGUGCUGGUGGUGGGCUCCAUCCUCUACCUGCACUGGGGCGUCCUGGACGACCUGCUGUGGAUCAACAGCUACAACUGUCCCUCGGACUGAGGCCGCCCCGCGUGCCCGUCCGUGAUUUUUCUCCCCCCUUUUUCGUCCGAGUAGUAGAAGACGAUGUAUAGCAGAGGUGGGGGGGGGGGAUUUGAGUCACGUGACUUGGCUCGAGUCAGACUUAAGUCGCUGAUUUCAGGACUUGAGACUUUCUUGGCUACAACUUAGGAAAGACUUGACUUGACGACGACUUGAAUUAAAAUCAACACGUUGAUUGUACGUCUGCGAUAUAGAAAGAACAUAACAGAACAUGUAUUAAAUAGUUUUAUUCCAACCCCCCCCACACGCUUUCAACAUAUUUAAACUUAUGAAAACACACUUUUUAAAGUACAGUGAACGCCUGCAUAUUAGCCGUUCGGAAUGCGUGAAUUCGCCUAUUUUAUUUUUUAUUUUUUUUAAAUAUCCUUUAUUAUUCGCAAAAAAAAAAAAAAAACCCAAAAAAAAAAACAUUUUGCUGAUUUUGUGCUCAGGCCAAAGAAAAAUGUUUUGAUUUGCCACCAUCUUGGUGUUUAGGAACUGCGUUGAAGUGAGUUGAGGAGUCUCAUUUCGACAAAAGUAGGGCUGUGCUGCCAUCAUGCGGCAUCCUGGUGUCAAGGAAGUAUGUUGAAAUAAGUUGAGGAGUUUCAUCUUGAGAGAAAUAGGACUUUGCCACACCAUCUUGUGGCAUGUUGGUGUCAAGGAACUAUGUUGAAGUGGGUUGAGGGAUUUCAUUUACAGAAAAAGGGUUUCGGCGGCAUCUUGGCGGUCAAGAAACUAUGUUAUGUAUAGUCACAGUAACUUGGGACUUGCUUGUAACUUGAAGGUUAAGACUCGAGACUUGACUUACGCGACUUGCUCCCACCUCUGCUGUAAAGUCACACCGCUGAGGUUCCUUAGGAAGUUAGUUAGUGGAUGCGAAUGGCUGGCUGUUCGACGUCGGUGUAGCUACCGAUGCGUCCGUAUCAAUGGCAUCGCGCGUCACCACGUACACAGUAGGGCUGCACGAUAUUGGGGGGGGGGGAAAAUAAAUAAAUAAAUAAAUGACAUGGCGAUUUAUUUUUGAACCCGCGAUAUAUAUUGCGAUGUGAAAUGAUACAGGAUACAGUUGUUGGGAAAGUUCGUUUUCCACGCGGACUGCUUCAAAGUUCAGUUCACCAUUCUAAAAAUGAACGAGUUUAGUUCAUAAUUCAAAAUUUUAAACUGAGUUCACCGGUCCAAAAAUGAACUAGUUCAUAGUUCUUUUUUGUUCUCUCCAUAUUUUGAUGUUGCUGACAGACUACUACCUUCAAAAUAGUGGCAUUUCAUUUCCCCAUUGUUGCCAGCCAGUCAGUCCUCGCGAGUAGCCAUCUGCAUCUUUCACCCAGCCUACAAUUGAAACAAUCGAAAACGUGUUGCUUGAAUAGUGUUUUUUUAUUUAUUUUUUGAUUUUUAUUUUUUAACUGAGGAAUUAAAACAAAAAAAACAGGACUGCCGUCCUUAAUGUGCAUACAAAGGCACGCAACACAGUAUGACAGCAACAAUGGUGAAAGGACAUUGAUAACUUUGCCUUCCAACCAGCUGUGGCCGAAAAAUAAAUUCCAUAUUAUCACAUUGUGAUCAUAGAGUGCUUUAACUAAAGCAUUCUGAGACAAAUAAGAAUUUUCCGAGUAAUUCAUUUUUACAUUUAUUUGUUGGAUGACAAAAGAAUCAAGGAAAAUAGUCAGUCCCAUUUACGCAGUGUCCCUGAACGCACCUCGCGAGCUCGCUCAUCUGCUGCGUGCCAAACCCACAGUAGUUUCAGUGCGAAGAGCAAAAUGGGACACGCAGCAGGUGUACAUUUUUUUUUUCGUGUCCUCUUUCAUAAUUAUCAUACAAGGAGAUAAGUACUCAGCACUCUGGGCAACUCCGUGUGUUGUUUGAAGCGUUAUAAUUUACUGUAAUAUGGGUGCUAAUCUUAUUAGCAUGUCCAAACGGGUCCCUCUGCCGGUCACUUUUAAUAUUACAGUUGAUUCUCUGUAUUUUCGAGUACACCAACAUCGCAGUGGGCCCCUAUUGCGCAACUGUGCAUCGCGACGAUGAUGCUCGCGCAAUAUAUCGUGCAGCCCCAAUACACAGCAUGUUUUUUAAAGUUAGCUCAAAGAAUUAUGUUGAUUAUGUGCAUUUACAAUAGAACAGGACCUUGCACUCGAAAUGGGACAAAAAUAUGCCAUUUCGCAUAUUCCCCAUUCAGUGGCACCACUACAGCGGAACCCCCUAAAGUCAAAUGCAUGCUGCAGCUUUCCUGUGUGGCGUUUCAGUGAAGCUCUGUUAAAUUCUUCAAAACAAGAAAACAGAAGAAAACGUCACAGAUGCGAUUGGAAGUGUGAGUUAAAGCAACCCUGUAAACAGCAGAAAAGUACUUUUCUGUAUUAAGCUUUUUUUUUUUAAACAUUUUUGACUGUCGUACGUGUAAAAAGUAUGUUAACCGCUGUUAAAUAGUUGAAAUCAAGAAAACAGUCUCACAGUUGGGGUUGUUUCAGAUGCACCUUACUCAACUCGUUUUUGUUUUGGACGUUUUUACACGCGUCAAAAACAAAAACUAACUGUCGUAAAAUGUCAAAAGCCAAAGAAAAAGCCAAAAGGACGAGCGUUCGACUUAAAAGGUUCUGCUGUAGUUGUGCUUUUGUCCCGAAAUAAAUCCACAAGAUACAUUACUAAUUUAAUGAAAAAGUACACAUUUUUGUCAUUGUUUAUUUAUGCUUUUUUUUUUUUUUUUUCUUCCACUUCCCUGCGCUUUUAUUUCAGGCCGUAUGUGCGACGUUAACGUUGGAUUUGUCCCCAUCGCAUGAGAGUCGCUAGCGAGUUAGCUUGUGUUUCGCCUCGCGCUCAUUUCUUUGCUCUCAAAAGGGCUCUGAGUCGAUCGAAGUCAUGUAAAUAUCUCAAAGUAUGUAAGAUCAUGUAGGCAUACGUAGAAGCAGUAUCACUUUUAGAGAGAAAACGGACACUAGCGCGGGUAAAUCUAUGCAUAAGUCAAAAACAGGGAACAUGGACGCUCACUCUGUGUUCGCUCCCAGCUCUCAGGGUGCCGUAACAGUAGCUGGAAGGCCAAGCCGAGGCUUCUGUCCGGUUGAUUAUUUGACGCCCUUGCCGUAUAUUUUGGCAUGCAAUGGCACCGCACGGGAAGCGGAACCAGUCCACAAAAUGGCCUCAGGAUGGCACCGCAAACCAAUAGAGUUGUGCUUUUUAAAAAAUAGAAUCGGAAUAUAUCACACGUGCCGGAUAGCCUAUGAGUUUCCAAAGGGAAUCGCUCUUCUAGUACCCAGAGUGAGGACAUGGGGGAACUGCUGCGCCAUGAAGGAGCUCAAGGUGGUGCUGUUUUGUGGGCCGAGUGAAGCGUCGCGCCAAUAAACUGUCUGUGCUCCAGUA